AUGGCAUCUUCAACGAGUUCUCACGCGAGUUCCCAAAAAAAGCAAAAACAAUUGGGCAAAUAUUGCGUUGCUGGCGGUCCUGGUAAUGUGAGUUGUAAGAAUAAUUCACAAACUAUUGGAAUAUCCAUGCAUUUGUUUCCGAAGUCGAACGAAAAAUUGCGAAAUGCCUGGAUAAAGUUUGUGCAAAGACAUCGAUCUGGCUGGCAACCAUCUCCAUAUUCUGCGCUUUGCUCUGCUCAUUUUGAAGAGCGCUACUUCACACAGCGUCUCGACAUCGGUUUAGAAAUAGGAAAAGAAGCACAAACAAAGAGGUGGCUUGACAGAAACGUCGCGUAUCCAACUGUAGAUACUGCGAUACCAGUCGUUACAACUACACCCGAAAUUUCUGGCCGUGAACGCAGAAAGAUAUUGAGAGAUAUCAAGAAACCCGACGUACGGCACAAGUCGUCAUCGACAGUACAAGCGUCCGUUCAAGAGCCAAAUGACAAUGUUGGCCAAGCGCUGUCGAACGUUCCGGACAAUACUCCUUCCACGUCUAGAGUGUCAAAAGAGCUCGAGGAGUACAAAGAGCGUUUGCGCAAAAGUAAGGAACAAAAUUCACAGCUGAGAAAGAAACUCUUUGCUGAGCGUGGUGAUAAACGAGAGCUGCUCAAGGUUCUAGACACCUAUGAACUCAAUACCAAAUCCAAAAACAAUGAGAGAACAAAUGAGGGGCAGACCAAGACAGUAACGAGAAAGGAACUAGAGUAUGAUGAAGAAAUUGACAUGGAAUCAGAUGUGGAAAGUGAUUAUGGGGAACCCGACCCAGACUGGGAUGUCCUGGAACAAGUUGCCGAGGACAGUGGAGAUGAUGCUGAACAUCUGAAUUCUCAGUCAAGAAAUUUAAUAAGUUUGCCUUCAGAUAUAAAAUGCCAGGAUGAACCCAAGUUUAUUGUGUUCCACAGCAUGCUGCUAUCUAUAUUUUCUUUGUUUUGUUUUACCUGCAAAAAAGAGAACCCUAAGGUGGACAUGUAUAGAAAUGGGACCAUGGUAACUGUUGUGCAACAUUGUGAUUCUUGUGGUAUGGAAUCAUUCAAAUGGAGAAGUCAACCUUUUGUUUUUGGACGAUACCCAGCUGGAAACCUUUUGCUCUCCUUUGGAAUUCUAAUGGCUGGUGCCUCUGUUGGCAAGAUAAUUCUAGUUUUCAAACACAUGGGCCUUGCUGUCUACACAUCACGGACAUUCUUCUACCAUCAGAACAUGUUUAUCUUCCCUACCAUCCUAACACACUGGGAAUCCUAUCAAGCCAAAUUGAUCGAGUCACUUAGGAAUGUCACAGAUGCAGUUUGGUGUGGAGAUGGUCGGUUUGACUCCAUGGGACAUUCUGCUAAGUUUGGAGCUUACACAAUGUUUUGUGCAACAAUUAUGAAAAUUGUACAUUUUGAUUUGUUGCAGGCAAACCAAACUGGAAGCAGUAAUGCUAUGGAGCUGGAAGGGGCAAAGGCAUGCUUUGAUUUCCUCCUUACUAUUGCUGGAUUAACAGUCCCAGUAUUCAUCUCAGAUCGACACCGUGGGAUUACCAAGUGGAUCAGAGAAUCCCAUCCAACAAUUCAGCAUUUUUUUGACCAAUGGCACAUUGCAAAAGGCAUUGUUAAAAAAAUGCUGGCUGCAAGCAAGGAAAAAGGAUGCGAGCGAAUUGGAGAGUGGACAAAAGCUGCCAGAAACCACAUUUACUGGUGCUCAACCUCUACUGUAAAAGGCUUUGGAAGUAUGAUCCAGGCAAAGUGGAAGUCCUUUAUGCGGCAUGUGGCCAACAAACAUGAUGACCAUCCUGAUCAGCUAUUUCCCAAGUGUGCGCAUGAAGAGCUUGAAGAUGAAAGGAAAUGGAUUAAAAUUGGAACCAGAGCUCAUGACAAACUACAAGCCAUUAUCAUGAAGAAAACAAUCCUAAAAGAUGUGAAGAAGCUUUCGCCUGAUGCCCAAACAAGUUCAUUGGAGGGUUUCCACUCUACUCUCAACCAAUGGCACCCUAAAAUGAUUUGUUUUUCAUGGCUUGGGACAUAUUGCAGACAUAUUCUUGCUAUCCUCCAUUUCAAUGAAAAUACAAAACGAAAACAAAAAACAACAAAAGAUGGCAAGAACUAUGUCAGUGUGACAUAUCCAAAAUUUAAAUUUGGAGAUGAAGUUGUACGAAAUAUUCCAGUACCACCAACUUACAAUUAUGUAGAAGACAUGAAACAUUUACUAUUUGCAACAUCUGAAGAAGACCUAGACAAGAUGAUAGAGAAAUAUGAAGAACGGGUACCAAAACCAUUGAAUAGUCAGUUUCUAUGCAAAGUGCCUCGGGAUGAAGCCAUUACUAAGAAUGCUGCUCGAAAACGAAAGAUAGCUGAACUUUAUCCAUCAGGUGAAUUACAAAAUCAAGAAAUGGUAAAGGAAAAAAGAAGUAGACAGCAAUUGCAACAAAGAAGACCAAGAUGCUGCAAAAAAUGCAAACUGCCAAUGAAAGGUCAUCCCCGUUCUCACUGCCCAACACAGCAAGUAGCACCACAGUAG